CACAGCCUUUUCAUUCCCUACAAGCCACAAAAACCUUUCUUCAUUCUAUAUCUCUCAACCAUUGUUGCCAGGAAUUUCUAUAGAAUUGACCCAAUGGCAGUUAGAAGGAUGGAGGUUAUGCUUACUAUAGCCUUUAUAGCAACUUUGUGGGCAGGAGCCACGGCACAAUCAUCUUGUACCAGUGUGAUCAUAAGCAUGUCCCCAUGUUUGAACUACAUAACAGGAAACUCAUCGACCCCGUCUUCAUCAUGCUGUACACAGCUAGCUAAUGUUGUCAAGUCGCAGCCUCAAUGUCUAUGUGAGGUCGUUAAUGGCGGUGCCUCCUCACUUGGAAUCAAUGUUAAUCAGACUCAGGCUCUGGCCCUCCCUAGUGCUUGCAAUGUCCAAACUCCCUCUAUUAGCCGCUGUAAUGCCUCUUCGCCCACAGAUUCUCCAGCAGGAACACCAAAUUCUCCUUCUGCAGGAACAGGAUCUAAGACAGUGCCAUCAACAGAUAAUGGAACAUCAGAUGCAAACUCUACAAAGUUGACAAUGUCUCUGCUCUUCUUCUUACUCUUCAUCACAUCACAAGCUUCGACCCUCGGCACCAUAUAAUAUAAGCUCCAUCUACUUGAAAUUCUGUUGAGUCUUUUGCUACCGCAGCACAUUAGUACUGUUGACGCAACAGAGGAGUCCAAAUCUUCCCUUUUCUUUUGGUAACAUGAUUCUUUAUUUUGGGAUACUAUGUGGACUUAGAUUUGUAUACUCCUCUAUUUCCAAUAAAUAAAAUAUUCUUGGUUUUCCGCA